CAUAAUCGCAACACAAGAUUGUCGUCUUGGUUUCCCAGCCUCGAUUCCUUACUGAUGAGGGACUUUCGGCCCGACUGACGCAGGGAGAUGGGGGUACUCAAUAUUUCAGACCAGCCGCCUCUGGUCCAGGCCAUAUUUAACCGAAAUGCAGAUGAAGUGAAGUUAUUUUUGCACAAGAAAGAUGAAGUCAAUGCACUGGACCAAGAGCGCCGCACACCUCUUCAUGCUGCUGCCUGGCUGGGGGAUGUUCAUAUAAUGGAUCUUCUCAUCAGUGCAGGUGCGAAUGUCAAUGCAAAGGACCACGUGUGGCUAACACCAUUGCACAGAGCAGCUGCUUCCAGAAACGAGAGGGCCGUGGGGCUGCUGCUGAGGAAGGGAGCUGACGUAACGGCACGGGAUAAGUACUGGCAGACACCACUGCACAUUGCAGCAGCUAACCGAGCCACGCGUUGCGUCGAGACCUUGCUGCCCCAUGUGAGCAGCCUGAAUAUGGCCGACCGCACGGGCAGAGCACCACUGCAUCAUGCUGCUCAGAGUGGAUACCAGGAGAUGGUUAAAUUGCUGCUGAACAAGGGAGCCAAUCUGAGUGCCAGUGACAAGAAGGACAGGCAGCCCAUUCAUUGGGCAGCUUACCUUGGACAUCUGGAGGUGGUUAAGCUGCUGGUGUCUCAGGGCUCGGAUAAGAGCUGUAAGGAUAAGCGAGGAUACACCCCUCUCCACGCUGCUGCUGCCAGUGGCCACGUCGAUGUGGUCAAAUACCUGUUACGCAAUGGAGCCGAGAUUGAUGAGCCUAAUGCCUUUGGAAACACUGCUCUCCAUGUGGCCUGUUACACGGGACAGGAGGCCGUAGCCAACGAGCUGGUCAACCGUGGGGCCAAUGUCAACCAGCCCAACCACCGUGGCUACACCCCCCUGCACCUCGCUGCCGUGUCCACCAACGGGGCUCUCUGCCUGGAGCUGCUGGUCAACAACGGUGCUGAUGUCAACAUGCAGAGUAAAGAAGGGAAAAGCCCUUUGCACAUGGCAGCCAUUCAUGGACGUUUCACUCGCUCUCAGAUCCUCAUUCAGAAUGGUGGGGAGAUAGACUGUGUGGACAGAUAUGGCAAUACUCCUCUUCAUGUUGCUGCUAAGUACGGCCAUGAGCUGCUUAUUAGCACCUUAAUGACAAAUGGUGCUGAUACAGCCAGACAAGGGAUUCAUGGGAUGUUCCCUCUACACUUAGCUGUGCUUUACGGGUCCUCUGACUGUUGUCGUAAGCUACUUUCCUCAGGUCAGCUCUACAGCAUUGUGUUGUCAAUGAGUAAGGAACACGUGCUCUCGGCCGGAUUUGACAUCAAUACCCCAGACAACUUUGGGAGGACCUGUCUACACGCUGCUGCCUCUGGAGGAAAUAUUGAAUGUCUCAACCUGCUCUUAAGCAGUGGAGCUGACAUGAAUAAGAAGGACAAGUUUGGAAGGACUCCUUUGCACUAUGCGGCUGCUAACGGCAGGUAUCAGUGUGUGGUGGUUCUGGUUGGAGCAGGGGCGGAGGUCAAUGAGCGGGAUCGUUCCGGCUGUACACCUUUACACUACUCUGCUGCAUCAACUGCAUUCUGCAGAACGGACCGACCCCAUGCCAGCACUCAUCAGAACCAAGAGGACGGGGAGAAGGAAUCAUUUCUGUGUGUGGAGCACUUGUUGGACAAUGGUGCUGAUCCAUGUUUGUGCAACACUAAAGGGUACAGUGCUGUGCAUUACGCUGCAGCCCACGGAAACAAGCAAAACCUGGAGCUGCUUUUGGAGAUGUGCUUCAACACACUAGGAGACAAAGAGAGCAAUGGGUCCAUCAGCCCACUACACUUGGCGGUGGAGUCGGGUCACUGGGAGUGUGUGACAGUGUUAAUAGAGUCUGGAGCGUGUGUGGAUGUGUGUGACCCGGUGGGCCGAUCUGUGCUGUAUUUGGCUUCCCAAAGAGGACACAGCCGCUGUGUUGAGCUCCUGCUCAGCCAAUCAGCUUCCUGCCUCCUCGCAGAGCACCGCAGCAAAUGGGGCCCUCUUCAUGUUGCAGCUGCCAACGGCCACUCUGAAUGUCUGCGGAUGCUGCUGUGUAGUGAAGGGGGAGCCGACCUGGUUAAUGUUACAGAUGCGGAGGGGCAAACUCCACUAAUGCUGGCAGUGCUGGGGGGACACACUGACUGUGUGCAUCUGCUGCUGGAGAGAGGAGCUUGUCCUGACAUGAAAGACAGGAGAGGAAGAACAGCCUUACACAGAGGGGCGGUGAUGGGUCGAGAGGACUGUUUAACCGCCCUGCUGUCCCACAACGUCUCAGUCCUUAGCAGAGAUUUCCAGGGGCGAAGCGCGCUCCAUCUGGCUGCCUCUUGCGGUCAUGCCGACAUCCUCUCCAACCUUCUUUCUGCUGCUGAUCACUCCCAACCCCAAGACCCACUCACUGACCGCCAUGGCUACACACCCGCUCACUGGGCAGCCUAUCACGGUCAUGAAGACUGUUUGGAAGUUUUACUUGAACUUAAACCAUGUAGUAUCCAGGAGGGAAACCCCUUCACCCCACUGCACUGUGCUCUCAUUAAUGGCCAUAGUGGUUCUGCAGAGCUGCUGUUGGAAUCCAGUGUUUGUAAUUCGCUGGUAAACAUCAGGGAUGCCAAAGGAAGGACCCCACUACACGCGGCCGCAGUUGCGGAAGACGUGGCUGGGCUGCAGCUGGUUCUGCGGCAAGGAGCAGACAUCGAUGCCGUGGACCACUCAGGCCGUUCUGCACUGAUGGUGGCUGCCGACUAUGGCCAAAGUGGUGCCGUGGCCCUGCUGCUGCACAGAGCCAAAGCUGAUCUGUCCCUCCUGGAUGUGAAUAAGAACACUGCCCUGCACCUGGCCUGCAGCAAGGCUCAUGAAAUGUGUGCCAUGCUGAUCUUGAAGGAGAUCCACAACCCUAUCCUCAUUAAUGCAACCAACAGUAUGCUUCAGAUGCCCCUUCACAUUGCAGCCAGGAAUGGUUUGGCCACUGUGGUUCAGGCUUUGCUGAAUCGUGGUGCCACCGUGCUGGCAGUGGAUGAAGAAGGUCAUACGCCAGCCCUGGCCUGUGCAUCCAAUAAAGCUGUUGCUGACUGCCUAGCUCUCAUUCUGUCAACCAUGAAGCCUUCCUCCUCCACAGCCUCCUCAUCCUCGCCCUCUUCGCCCAGCCUCAACCUGCUCAAGCACUGUGGCAUCACCGCCGCCUGCCCCCCUCUGCCCAAUGGAGGCCUUCGCCAUGGUUACGGCAAAGAUCGCCAUGGUGCUACCAUCGGCUUGGAUGGCUGCUUGACCGAGUGAGGCGUCCUUACUCGCUAAAAAAAAA